CGGCGCUUCCGGGAGCGGCGCGGGGCGGAGGGGGAAACAUGAGCUGGAUCCCGUUCAAGAUCGGGCAGCCCAAGAAACAGAUUGUACCCAAGACAGUGGAGAGAGACUUUGAAAGGGAAUAUGGGAAGCUGCAGCAAUUGGAAGAUCAGACCAAAAAACUUCAGAAGGAUAUGAAGAAAAGCACAGAUGCAGAUUUGGCCAUGUCCAAAUCCGCCGUGAAGAUCUCCUCGGACCUGCUGUCCAACCCGCUGUGUGAGCAGGAGCCCUCCUUCCUGGAGAUGGUCACGGCCUUCGACACGGCCAUGAAGAGGAUGGACUCCUUCAACCAGGAGAAGGUGAAUCAGAUCCAAAAGACGGUCAUAGAGCCUUUGAAAAAGUUCAGCAGCGUUUUCCCGAGCCUGAACAUGGCCGUGAAGCGCCGGGAGCAGACGCUCCAGGACUACAAACGCCUUCAAUCCAAGGUGGAAAAAUACGAGGAAAAGGAAAGAACCGGCCCCGUCCUGGCCAAGCUGCACCAGGCCCGGGAGGAGCUGCGCCCCGUCAAGGAGGAUUUUGAAGCCAAGAACAAGCAGCUGCUGGAGGAGAUGCCCAAAUUCUACAGCAGCCGCAUCGAUUACUUCAAACCCAGCUUCGAGUCGCUGGUCCGGGCGCAGGUUGUCUACUACACGGAGAUGCACAAGAUUUUCGGGGAUCUGACGGCGCAGAUCGACCGGCCCGGGCUGAGCGACGAGCAGCGCGAGCGGGAGAACGACGCCAAGCUCAGCGAGCUCCGGGCGCUCUCCAUCGUGGCCGACGACUGAGGCCAGGCUGGGGCUCGGGGAGGGGAUGGGGAUCCCCCCCCCUGCACCCCAGCUCCCGUCCCAGGGAUGGAUUUGUGGGGCUGGAGCUGUUCCCGUCAGCCCCGGGCUCUGCGCUCCUGGCCGGGGUCUGGAGCGUCUCGGUCACUCCGCCGAUGAGUUGUGCCUUGAAUUUUAGGGGUGUGGAGGAGCAGGAAAGGGAGAUGGGGAGUGGGAUGCAGGAUUGUUUCAGGGUCCAGCCUCCCUGGGCACCUGCAGAGGGUGAGACCCCCGCUCCUCCUCCUCACUUUGUGCCUUAGCAGCCCAGUGACCCCCUCGGGGGAGGCUGAAAAAUCACUCCAAUCCCAUUUUUGGAGGCACGGGGAGAAGAGUGAUGCUUUUCCCAGGAAUGGUACCAAGGGCCUGCACCCCAGAGCUGGGGUGGGGACAGGUGGGGACAUCCCUAAGGGAAACAACCCAGCCAGGAGCAAACCUAUGGAAAACCGGGAGGGCUGCAGUGUGCGGGGGAGGAAGGGCCGCAGGGGCUCGGUCGCUUGUCCCCAAUAAAGUUUUUGGCAGCGCAGCGCA